UCAUAAAAGUUGUUUAUAGUUACUGUCAGACCUAUAUUUAGACUAUUUACUUUCGGUUUCGGAUUUGAUUGGAUUUCAUACUAAUUUUGUUCUUGUUUCAAUCCUAUUACAGUUUAGAUCAUCCAUCAUGUCUUCAUCUACGUCAGUUCGUUUUCGUGAAGAAGGAAACGAAAUAUAUUUGACAGCAACACAAAGUUUCACUCCUGCUAUUCAGCGUGAUCGUCUCCAGACAGCUUUAAACUUAUAUUACAAAGCAUACAAUACAAGUCAAAAUCAUGAUGAAAAAAGUUCGUCUGCCAAAAAUUUAGGAAUGGUGUCAUGGAGACUGGGAAACGUUGCUGAUGCCUUGAACGAUAGAGCGUCUGUUAUUGUGCAUUUUUACAAAGAGGCUUUCCAAUAUAUAUCAGAAGCAUGGCUUAAAUCACGAGAUGUGAAAACUAAUGAUUGGCGAGACAACCUGAGUACAACAGCCCUUAACUUUUGGGAAGACUUGAAAAAGGGAAGAGCUUGUGCUAUGGAAUUUGAUAAACGUGUUAAAGUAUUCUAUGAUGUACCCCAAAAGAUUGAAAUACCUACAGUUAAGGCUGAGUGUUACAUACAUAUUGCAACAUGUCAUUUUCAUGCUGGAGUUACUGCUAUUCAAGAAAAGAACUUCAAAGUUGCAAUGUAUCAAAUGAGAGAAUGCUAUUACCCUGUAACGGAAGCUGCUUCUUGUGGUAGGACUAUACCGUUACCUCAUAUAGAACAGGAGGCAGAGGUACUGGAAAAUGACGUCCUUAUGCAUCAAUGUAUAGCUGAAUCGAUGCAAGCAAAUCAGAUAGGUGAGCUGGUAUAUUAUCUCCAGGAGAAGGAAGAGCUGUUCCGUAAAUUAUUGAUGGACGAGGAAAAACUGAACAUUGACAUGGUAUUCGAAGUUAUUGAUUGGCAUACAAAAGCUGUAUUAAAAACCAGAGAGAUAACAGAAGUAGAAAUGGAAGCCACAGCUCUCAGUCGGAUAGGAAAGGUUUACGACAAAGUCCUCAAACUUAAGUACAAGGCUAAGGAAUAUCUAUUGCGAGCAAUGCAGCUAGCCAACUCUAUGCAUCCUAGAAAUUUCCACGGUGAAGAAUGGUUUGAGGACUGUAAAGCAAUUAUUGCUAGAUAUCAAGAAGAAACGGUAAAACAAGAGAGCGAGGAAUGGCAAAAAAUCAGGGAGAAGUACUUGAAAGAACUAGAAAGUGAAAUGAAAGACUUGAAACAAAAUGUUGAAAAACAUUCGAUACCACGAUCUGACGAGUUUUUAAAGUAUGUGUACAAGACAUUCCCACCGGUAAAUCCUGAACAUAAACUAGAAGGAGUACCGGAGGAUGGUAAAAAGCCACCUACAGAUUUAAAGAAGAUUUUACAGAGAGCAGUUGUACAUUAUCAUCCAGAUCGUGUUGAUGUAGAGAAAUAUGGAAUGAAACGUAAAGUUCUCUCAGAAGAAAUAACAAAGUAUCUAACAUUAAGAUACGAAUUUUUCAAAGUCUAGACUAGUAUUGUCUAUUGAAAUGACAGUGGAAAAUACAGAUUUGGCAAAUGACUACUACAACUGGACAUAUUAAGCCUGCUAGAUCACAGAAUAUUGUUUAGUUCGUAAUGAGAAACUAUUUGAUUUUCCGUUUGCAAGAAUAGCAAACAUUGAAUUUUACCAUUUUUGUUGUUUCUGAAUUAGAUUUUCAUGUAUUGCUGUGUUAAAAAAAUAAUUUAAACAAUGCAUGCCAUAUUGUCAUUGCAUUUUAUUUAACGAAGUUCGCUUUGGAUUAGAACCUAAUAACUGAUAGCUUUACUACCAACCAUGAGAUUAUUGUCAACUCGUUCUUCAACUGUUUCAAAUGAACCAAAUUUGUGAUAUUAGAGUUAUACUCCAGUUUAUUGUAAUCUUAUUACUCUGUUAUUUAAUAUAUUGUACAGUUCAUUUUUUACUUUAGUUGUUAUCGCAUUUGUAAAUAUUUUACUUACAUGAAUUUCAUAACUAUAAUUUCUUGAACGCUAUCUCAGUAACACGUGUCGAAAAGUUAUCAACGGUACCAGGACUAUAAUUUAGUACACCGGACGCGCGUUUCGACUACAACAACAGUGACACUCAUGUCGAAAUAUUUAUAAAGCCAAACAAGUACAAAACUGAAGAGCAUUGAGGAUCCAAAAUUCCAAGAAGUUGUGCCAAAUACGGCUAAGGUCAUCUAUUCCUCUGAUAAGAAAAUCAUUAGUUUAUCGAAAAAUUCAAAGUUUUGUAAACAGGAAAUAAAUAAAAAUGACCACAUCAUAAAAAUUCAUGUCAACACCGAAGUUUUGACUACUGGGCUU